AUGCCCGGCGCCACUGUAGGAGAAGUGUCGGCUAUGAUCAAUGCCGCGAUUAUACUCUUCCAGGUUACCUUCCCCUUGGCAAUAGUUCUUGUCAUAGUUGGACUGUUGAGAGAUAGAGAAAGUGCUGCAACUUGGACGGCUGUUGCGCGUUCGAUUCAGAGUUCCUUUUGGCCACAUUUCUACAGUCAGAUCAUACUCUUGCCAAAGAUUUGCCCUGGGGUUGACGGUGGGUAUCAGGCAUGGCGGGAUGAUUCCGGCAUCUGGACCAAUUUCAAGUGGUACCGCCGGAACGACAGUCCCAGCAUAUUCGACAUGCGAUUUCGAUUCUAUCAACGCGAAAUGACUGGUCUAGGGUAUAUCAACUAUUCCAACUAUAUGCCGUACCAGAACAACUCUGCAUACACAGUCGGGAAGGUCGCUACAUUGCAAUCAUUGAUUCUGAAUAACGAAAUUGGGCUCGUGGAGGGCUUGGUGCUGGACACGAUCAACGGCGGCGUUGGGUUUCGGAACCACACUGUGGUGCCUGCCGACGUAGGGCUGGGCCUCGAGUGGCAGGAGGAUAUUCUGUGGAUCGAACUGGUUACAGAAUGUGUGGACUCCAACCUCACCAUCGAAUUCAACCAUAUCCUGUACGAACUCCCUGUUGGGAGUCGGGAGCAGUAUCUCCUAGUCGAUCACAGAGGGUGA